UCUGUGGAGGGUGUCAUAUCUGUGUCCUGAGUGUGGGGAAGGCGUCACGUGGGGGACGUGGUCAAAAUGGCCCAGCAUCCACGUGGCCUUCAGCUUCCUAGUCCUGAAAACCAUAUAAUGAAGUUGAUUUCUGGGCUCAGACAAAUAUCUUAUUUUUUUUUUAAAGAGCAACCUUUUCAUAAUUACUUGUUCAAUUCAGCUGUUUUUUUGUCUUCUUAAAAAAAUUUUUUAAUGUGGUAGAUAUUUUUUUCUGGGCAAAUUCUUAGGAUUUAAUUGCACUUAAAAAUCGUGGAGGCUGUCAGUCGAUCACGGAUAGAAUUGUCUCAGCCGGUGAAGCUGGUCCUGUGCCUGUCACCACUGUCAGGCUGCUCAGAUAAAGCUGGGGGAAGGGCAGCUUCCAUGUGCAGCGUGAGCCGCACUUCAGGUCAGUAUGCAGGAGGCCCGUCCGCUGCGGCAGGCCCCGAGUUAGCCGCUGUGGUGCUGCAGGAGUCGGACUUGGGUUUCCAGACGGUCCCAGGAUUCGUCCCCCAGAAGCAAGGAGACGUGUCUGCCCACUGGUUUUCAGUGAAGAUGGUGGCAUCGAAUCUGUAGAAAAACCGUUUUGAAAAGAGAGUUUUUGUAGCAUGUUCAAGAUGGUGGGGCGUCAACAGCAUCACCAGUUUUGUACGAAACCACAUCUGCCAAGCGGCUCGGCCAGUCUUGUUUGUUCCUGGGAGUAAGUGAGGCUUGCUGGGCGUGCGGCACGAGGAACCUCUGCUCUUGCCAGGGUGGGAGCAGCCGCGUGUCCAUCUCUGGUGCAGUAGCCGUGGGUCUCUCUGGGGUGGGAGCAGCCGUGGGUCUCUCUGGGGUGGGAGCAGCCGCGUGUCCAUCUCUGGUGCAGUAGCCGUGGGUCUCUCCGGGGUGGGAGCAGCCGUGGGUCUCUCUGGGGUGGGAGCAGCUGCGUGUCCAUCUCUGGUGCAGUAGCCGUGGGUCUCUCCGGGGUGGGAGCAGCCGUGGGUCUUCCCGGGGUGGGAGCAGCCGCGUGUCCGUCUCUGGUGGAGCAGCCGUGGGUCUCUCCGGGGUGGGAGCAGCCGCGUGUCCAUCUAUGGUGCAGUAGCCGUGGGUCUCUCCGGGGUGGGAGCAGCCAUGUGUCUGUCUCUGGUGGAGCAGCUGUGGGUCUCUCCGGGGUGGGAGCAGCCGCGUGUCCGUCUCUGGUGGAGCAGCCGUGGGUCUCUCCGGGGUGGGAGCAGCCGCGUGUCCAUCUAUGGUGCAGCAGCCGUGGGUCUCUCCGGGGUGGGAGCAGCCAUGUGUCUGUCUCUGGUGGAGCAGCUGUGGGUCUCUCUGGGGUAUGAGCAGCCGUGUGUCUGUCUCUGGUGGUGCAGCCAUGGCUGUCUUUGGCCAUGAAGAAAGGGACCGGCUUCAGGUGUGAAAAUCUUUCAUUUUCGCCCUUACUGACAGCUCCUCCUUGGCGCCUACACUCUCGGUACCUGAGCUCCCAGGGAUGAAUCUCUGUCUUGCUGGAAAGAGGGACAGGACAGGGAGGGAUGCGCAUCUCCCAUGAGCAUGCGCCUGUUGACUCCCGGCUCUGUGUUCUCCCUCCUGGAGGCCAGCCCGCUGUGGGCCAGUACUCAGCCUCGACGGAGUGAUGCCUGAUCCCUGAAGAGUGGGAGGGAGUGGGAGACUCUAAGUCACAGUGUGAAAUAAAUCCACAGGAAGAGCCACGUCAGAUAAAUUCUCCCUGACCGGUACGCCGAGUUAGCAUUGGUGUGCUUAUACGUCCCCAUCACUGAGCGAGCCUUAGAAAGUAUUCAGGCUGGUAUUUCCUGUCCUUUUCACUACGAAGUCUCAGGGUGAGAGUGCCGGAGGAUGGGGCCCAGGACCCCAGCCCAUGGUGCGCCCCUGCCUGACGUCAGCGCUGCGGGAUCUGCGUGGACCUUGCACAUUCUUCCUGUUCCUCACUUACUGACGUGCGAGGCAGGAGAGAGGGAGAGCGCGUGCUCUCAUUUGCUGGUUCACAGCCCAAACAGCGUGAUGGCCUUGGCUGGGCUGGUGAGGCGAUCCAUCCUGGUCUCCCGUGUGGAUGCCAGGAGCCAGAUCGCUGAGCCAACAUUGCUCCCUCCUGGGUUGUGCAGCAUCGGCAGCAUCGGCAUCAGCAGGUGGCUGGAGCCAGGAAUUGAGGCCAGGCCCUCUGUGCAGGCUGCGGGAGUCUUCCCGCUGGGCUCCGUGCCUGCCGUGGCUCCCACGCACCUUAGACCCUCGGACGACACGGAGCCCCCGCACAUGGUGAGCGGUGUGCCGAGGCGCCGUGUGUGAGGCAGAGACGGGAGAUGGGGUUGUCUGGGUGCGUGAGUUUGCACUGCUUGAGGUGCGUGUUGUGCGUGAGUUUGCACUGCUUCAGGUGUGUGUUUUCCUCGCGGUCCUUGAAGAUCCCGGGACGUUUCCAAGGCGAGGUUGGGUGAAUCCCAGAGGUGGAGGUGGAGACGCCCUGGAGAGCCUCCCGGGGAAGUGCGCCGUGGCGCAGUCACUAAGACGCUGUGGUCUCAGGUCUGUGUGGCUCCUUGGGUGGGCCUCAGACGAGAGGCCCCCCGGGGUCCAUCAUGGACUGCAGGGUGCUGGGGCGUCUGGGAUGAAGGCCUGUGUGGGGAGGCCGCGUGGCUGGGGCAGUGUGGGAGGAGGACGUGCGUGGGGAGGCCACGUGGCUGGGGCAGUGUGGGAGGAAGGCCUGUGUGGGGAGGCCGCGUGGCUGGGGCAGUGUGGGAGGAGGGCCUGUGUGGGGAGGCCACGUGGCUGGGGCAGUGUGGGAGGAGGGCCUGUGUGGGGAGGCCGCGUGGCUGGGGCAGUGUGGGAGGAGGGCCUGUGUGGGGAGGCCGCGUGGCUGGGGCAGUGUGGGAGGAGGGCCUGUGUGGGGAGGCCACGUGGCUCGGGCAGUGUGGGAGGAGGACGUGUGUGGGGAGGCCGCGUGGCUCGGGCAGUGUGGGAGGAGGACGUGCGUGGGGAGGCCGUGUGGCUGGGGCAGUGUGGGAGGAGGGCCUGUGUGGGGAGGCCGCGUGGCUCGGGCAGUGUGGGAGGAGGACGUGCGUGGGGAGGCCGCGUGGCUGGGGCAGUGUGGGAGGAAGGCCUGUGUGGGGAGGCCGUGUGGCUGGGGCAGUGUGGGAGGAGGGCCUGUGUGGGGAGGCCGCGUGGCUCGGGCAGUGUGGGAGGAGGACGUGCGUGGGGAGGCCGCGUGGCUGGGGCAGUGUGGGAGGAAGGCCUGUGUGGGGAGGCCACGUGGCUGGGGCAGUGUGGGAGGAGGGCCUGUGUGGGGAGGCCGCGUGGCUCGGGCAGUGUGGGAGGAGGACGUGCGUGGGGAGGCCGCGUGGCUGGGGCAGUGUGGGAGGAGGGCCUGCGUGGGGAGGCCGCGUGGCUCGGGUGGUUUGCCUGCAGAGCGAGGACCCCGGGCUGUGCUGGCGCUGUGCUGUGGAGCGGGCUGUUCUCUGCGCCUGGUUUUGCCGCCUCCUCAGGAUUCCCCUGGCAGCCCCAGGUCGGCCCAGAGUCCCUGAGCGCCAGGUAAGGCAGAAACCAAACCAGAAUUGGGCGGUUGGGCAUUUGCUUUGCCAGUGCGAUGGUUUCCAAACGGCGCAGAGAGCGUGUCAGCUGCCGUCCGUUACAUGACUGCACGUGCUCGUGUCCCAGUCCUGAAGAGCGAGCGUCACACCUCGUUGGCCAUGGAAGCUACUAGGUUGUUAGUGUGAUGUAUGCUCGCUCGCUCGCUCGCUCGCUCUCACUCACACACACACACACACACACACACCCGUGUCCAGUUCUGCAAAGUUUGCAAGUAGCCCGUGUCUGCUCUGGGGCCGAGGAGGAGCCCAACACAAGGUGUGAACUCCGUGGACCAUAAGCAGCACGGUCGGGGGAAGCCCCCUCUGUGUCCCUCUGCCCUCGGCCUGAGGCUGCGGAGCGCGGGCUGCUGUGAGGACAAGCUCAGGAAGUGGGACUCUCACACUGCUCCUCUGCGCCAAAGGCCUCUGAGGGUGUGGGAGAGGCUUCUGUCUCCUUCCUCUGGUGGGAGGGGCCUGGCCCGCUCCCAUGUGCUCCGGCAGGUGGUGGUCUGGUCCCUGUGGCAUGAGGCACAAGCUGGUGGGAGUGGGGAGACAUGGCUGCAUUUACCCGUGUGAGUGCGGAGCACAGCCGUGGCGUGGGGACCAGCGUGUCGUGUGCCCCACUGCCUUCCACGCGCACGUUUUGCUGACUACAGCAGUUUUCAGGUUUUUCUCACCUUGUGUUCACUUUUGUGUUAAAGAGAAGACAAAGCCAAAGUAUGCCACCAGGUGUUCCCACAGCCGCCUCCCCCAGCCUCUCUCCAGUCCCGGCCUCGCUGGAGAAGAUUCCUGUCCCAGUUCACUGUGGGUGGCGGAGCUGGGUCUCAC